GGAAGUGGGCGGGGCCAAGCAGCGCUCCGCGGCCGGGCCGGGCCGGGCGGGUCGGUCCUGGCGGCGGCGAACGGUGGAGGAAGGAGGAGGAGGAGGAAGAGGAGGAGAAGGAGAAAGAAAAGGCCCGGGGAGCCAACGGCCUCGGGGCCCGCAUGGCGGGGGGGGGUGAGGCCGCCGGGUGAUCGCGGCGCUCCCGCUGCUCCUCGCCGCGAUGUCGAAUCCCGCGACCCGCCGGAACGGUUCCAGCAUCAAAAUCCGCCUCACAGUAUUAUGUGCCAAGAACCUUGCAAAGAAAGAUUUCUUCAGAUUUCCUGACCCAUUUGCAAAAAUAGUUGUUGAUGGAUCAGGUCAGUGCCAUUCCACUGACACUGUGAAGAACACAUUGGACCCCAAAUGGAACCAGCAUUAUGAUCUAUACGUUGGGAAGACAGAUUCCAUAACCAUCAGUGUGUGGAACCAUAAAAAAAUCCACAAGAAACAGGGAGCUGGCUUCCUGGGGUGUGUCCGACUCCUCUCCAAUGCCAUCAGCAGGCUAAAAGAUACUGGAUACCAGCGUUUGGAUCUAUGCAAACUCAAUCCCACAGAUACUGAUGCUGUACGAGGCCAAAUAGUGGUCAGUUUACAGACACGGGACAGAAUAGGAACAGGAGGUUCUGUAGUAGACUGUAGAGGACUUUUGGAGAAUGAAGGAACCGUUUAUGAAGAUUCUGGACCAGGAAGGCCACUGAGCUGUUUUAUGGAGGAACCAGCACCCUACACAGACACCACAGGGGCUGCUGGGGGUGGAGGCUGUCGCUUUGUAGAGUCCCCCAGCCAAGAUCAGAGGCUUCAGGCACAGAGACUUCGGGCUCCUGAGGUCCGGGGUCAUGUCCAGACGCCUCAAAACAGACCUCAUGGCCACCAGUCACCCGAUCUACCAGAAGGCUAUGAACAAAGAACAACGGUACAAGGACAGGUUUAUUUUUUGCACACGCAGACUGGAGUCAGCACAUGGCAUGACCCUAGAAUACCAAGAGACCUUAACAGUGUGAAUUGUGAUGAGCUGGGACCCUUGCCUCCAGGCUGGGAAGUUAGAAGUACAGUUUCAGGAAGAAUUUAUUUUGUAGAUCACAACAACAGAACCACACAGUUCACAGAUCCACGACUACAUCACAUCAUGAAUCAUCAAUGCCAGCUAAAAGAGCCCAGCCAGCAGCCUCUGCCAGCUCCAAAUGAGGGGUCACUAGAAGAUGGUGAAGAGUUGCCUGCACAGAGAUAUGAAAGAGACUUGGUACAAAAGCUGAAAGUUCUUAGACAUGAGCUCUCUCUUCAGCAACCACAGGCUGGUCACUGUCGCAUUGAAGUAUCCAGAGAGGAAAUUUUUGAGGAAUCCUACCGUCAGAUCAUGAAGAUGAGGCCAAAGGACCUGAAAAAGAGGCUUAUGGUGAAGUUUCGAGGAGAGGAAGGCCUGGAUUAUGGAGGAGUAGCAAGAGAAUGGUUGUAUUUACUAUGCCAUGAAAUGCUGAAUCCCUAUUAUGGACUCUUCCAGUACUCCACAGAUAAUAUUUACAUGCUGCAAAUCAAUCCAGACUCUUCUAUCAAUCCUGACCACUUGUCUUAUUUCCAUUUUGUUGGUCGGAUAAUGGGUUUGGCUGUGUUCCAUGGACACUAUAUCAAUGGGGGGUUCACAGUUCCCUUUUACAAACAGCUUCUGGGGAAGCCCAUUCAGCUCUCUGAUCUGGAAUCUGUUGACCCAGAAUUACACAAAAGUUUAGUCUGGAUCUUAGAGAAUGAUAUCACCCCAGUUCUGGAUCAUACAUUUUGUGUGGAACACAAUGCUUUUGGGAGGAUUUUACAGCAUGAGCUCAAACCAAAUGGCAGGAAUAUUCCAGUGACAGAAGAGAACAAGAAAGAAUAUGUCAGGCUUUAUGUAAACUGGCGAUUUAUGAGAGGAAUAGAAGCACAGUUCCUGGCACUACAGAAAGGUUUUAAUGAACUCAUUCCUCAACAUCUCCUGAAGCCUUUUGACCAGAAGGAACUUGAGCUAAUCAUAGGAGGCCUGGAUAAGAUAGACCUGAACGACUGGAAGUCAAACACACGACUCAAGCACUGCAUGGCAGACAGCAAUAUUGUGAAGUGGUUCUGGCAAGCAGUGGAAACAUUUGAUGAAGAAAGGAGGGCAAGGCUGCUGCAGUUUGUGACGGGCUCAACACGUGUCCCACUUCAAGGUUUCAAGGCUUUACAAGGCGCUGCAGGACCCAGACUGUUUACCAUCCAUUUAAUAGAUGCAAACACAGACAACCUUCCAAAAGCCCACACUUGCUUUAACCGGAUCGACAUUCCGCCUUACGAGUCCUACGAGAAGCUUUAUGAGAAGCUGCUGACAGCUGUGGAAGAGACCUGUGGGUUUGCUGUGGAGUGAAAAAGCAACCAAAGGAAAACAGAUGCUAGCUCAUGGACCACCAAAUCAAAAGCUAGAAGAAGCUUGCUGUGAACUUCCUGCUAAGCUGUCUGAAGCAUCUGAACUCUGGACAACUUAGAGAUGGGGCUGUUUCCCUUCUGCCAGUGGUGGAUGAGGGUGGGGGUAGGGGCUUUUGUUGGUGGUUUCCAACUCUUUUGUUUUCUCCCCUUUGUUACAAUAACCCCUCCUCUCUUCUUCCAUCCCCCAUAAAAAAAAAAUGCAGCCAAGUUCAGCAUUUGGCUUUGGUUACACAGGCUAUUCUGCUAGAUUUGUAACACAUAUUGUGAUAGGGUCAGUGACCUGUGGGGUUUUUUUAAUAGGAGAAUCAAAGUGUAAUUAAGAACGAGCUUGAUUUGCUGAGGACUUGUCAUAGGUAGAUGUACCUGGUUAAUUUGUCUUAAAUCAAGCUUGAGCCCUUGUAGAGCCUGGUGGGUGCAGAGUGUCUGACUGGCACUGGGAUUUGCAUUGCACAUUUUAAACACCUGUUUAAAAAGUAAACUUCUAGCAGAAAAUACCUCCAUAUGAACACUUAACUGAAAGGUAAGAAGAAAUCCAAGCUCUGCCUUAGCAGGAAGCUCUCAGUGAAGCUGUGGCUCACCUUGAGAAAAGUGAAGGAAUCUGGGACAGCUCAAAUGGUAUUCUAUGAUUUCUUUUUGGUUGUCCUGGCUGAACUCUUAAUUGUUUUGCACAUGAAAACAACUCUUUCCUCCUGCAGAAUUGCUUUCCAUAGUUUGUUUCAGAUGUCAGGACCUUGCAGAGAAGCCUUGUAAGGAGGAGACAGAGGAUAAAAACCUAUUUGAUUCCAAAGCUGUAAUUUCUGUGCCACUGUUUUACCCAAGAUGUGUUUGUGUGACUUCAAAUUCUAAGACUCACAUGGAAAUCACUAAAAGCAAAGUUAACAGAGCAGAAUUCCAUGCCAAAGUUUUUGGCCUUGGGAGAGGUUUCUUUAGAGGCUGAGGUAAAAGGGUAACUUUAUAGUGAGUACAUUUUAAAUGUUACAGAAAGCUAUUGGAAUAAUUUAUGACUUCAGUUCCGUAGGGAUGGAAAUUUCUCUGGAGAGUCAUGUAAGACAAUUUUAAAAUUUUUUUUCAGAUAUCUGAAACUAAUAUUAAAGGUUUGUUCUCUAACACAAUGCUAAAACAAUAUCCCAGGGAAAACAAAAGCAAAUCAAAUACCUGAAUCACUAACAUUUUUUCCAGUGUGCACACCAAGAUGAGACAGUACUUUAACAAGUAACACGGCUUCACAAAGGCCCAAGUUGUCUGUCAAAUAUGUCUAAACUAAAGUAAAGCAGACUUGCUUGUAUAGGAUUUUUUUUUCUUUGGCAAGUCUGAUUUUUAGGGAGAUUGAUUACUGAAACAUUUAACAGAUGUUAUGUUUAUGGAAUAGUGCAUUGAAAUUCAGCUGUGGGUAAGAGACCAUUCUUAGGAGAUGUCUACUGGAAUACGUCUAUUUUGUCUUUUUUUUUUUUUUUAAUUGAAUUUGAUAAUAGCUUUAAACUGUGAUAGGACAGAAAGUAGACACUUGUCGAAACCCUGGCAUCUUUGUUUUGUUUGUUUGUGGUUUUCUUUUCUCCAUUGACCAUAAUUCUUGUGAUUUGUUGUUGUCGGGAGUAAGGAUUGCAUCGGAGGUAUAAAAUUGUACCAUAUUGUGAGAUUUGCACAGGGUGGGUAAAGAUGCUUUUCCUGCACAGCUGUACUGGAGAGGCAGAUUUAGACCUGGGUUCUGUAGCAAUCCCUUGGCACUUGGGGACCAGUUUCUGCAGUACUGGUUGUUGGGACAUAAAUGGAACUAUGGGACUCUUGAAGAAAAGAGAAGAAACAAAACUGUCUGCAGAGAAGCACCUGCACGGUCUUGGGCUGAGUAGCAGAACCCCACCCCAGCCCUGGAUUUUCCAAAUGGCUGUGAAGUCAUCACACCUGUUCAUAGAGUGUAUUUAAUCCUUUCAGUAUGUUUGAAUGUGCAAUAAACCAGUCAGAUAGGAAAAAACCAGAACAAAACAAAAACCGACAAAACUACCACAAAAUGGAUUAUUGCCCAGAAGCUUUGCACGCAGUCUCAUGGAUUUUCCACAAAAGAAAAGAGUUAAAAAACCCCAGAUACUAGAGCCCACCACUACUAAAAAUCCUAUCACACAAGCUCUACCUGCAGCACAACCAGCUCAGUAAAAACCAAGUGAGGUGUGAGGGGAAAGGCCCUCGAUUUGGAGAUCUGUAGGUCAAGUAGCUUUAUGUCAACGACACAGUUGACAUAUGGUAGUUCCUAAUGUCUUUGCUAGGUCAGUGUUUUAUUGAAUGCACAAAAUAAGAAUAGGCAAGGGUUGUUGUUUUGAAAAGUCUGUCUGUUUGUUGCUGUAUUUAAAAGCCCUCAUCAAGGUACCUCCUCCAUGCUGACAGUGGCGAGAAUGGGGCACGGUCUUUUUUUUUUUUUUUUUACUACUUCUGUUCCUUUUUUUAAACAGUUUCACCACCUCUCCCAUCGAGUUGUUCUUUGCAAUUUUGUGCCACUUCAGUGAGGACGAAGACAUUUUCCAUAUUGUUCUCUACGUGUAUUUUAGGCAGGCCUUAAAGCUGGGUGGGUGGAUGGAGGAAGAACAAAGCUGAGAGGCAGGAUGGGGGGACAGCAAUGGCUCCUUCCUCCCCGUGGCUGCUUUUAAGGUCAGGGAGGGAUGAAAGGUGACCAAGAGUUCGCAUACCUUGAGCCAUUGCCUCUCUCCAGGUCCCAAGAGCUGUUUGGAUAACCUCAGCUAUCUGAAUCUCUGUGUUCAUUCCCACUUGGUCUGCCAGCACUUGGACUGGUUGUUUGUUACUUCUCCAACUUGCCCAAAGAAUUACCAUCAAGUCUGGUGUUUGUUUUGUCAUGACACGUUCCACUCUUGGAUCUGACCUGCAGGAAAUAGGUACAAGCGUGUCUUUUGUUCCUGUCCUAAAGGCAAACCUAAAAGCUGGUCCAUUGGCACUGCUCAUCAGCCUAAACUAUAUGCUCAGGGAUGUAGGAAAACCACCACUUUGCUCGUCUUUUAAAUCAGGAAGAAACGAGGCUGUUUUCUGAAUGUCAGCGUUAACUUGGGCAUUAUGUUAGAUGAAACCCUGCUUCCAAAAGGCUGCUCCAAGCUCCAGAUGGUGAAAUCAGCGUUUGCUCAGUGGUCUGUGCUCAGUUCAAGUCAAGGUGGUUCUGAAAUCCAACAGAUUUUGUAAAUUAGGGAUCCAUCCACCAAGCCCUCUGGAGCCAGUGCCCAGGUUCAGGGCCGCUGUGGCACAGCAAGUUCCCAGAAACACAGUAAGGAUCUGGUUUUAAUUUGUUAAUUUUUUUUUGUGUGUUCCUCAACCACUUUAUAAUGUAUUUUUUUAAUUUAUUAUUUUGUAAUGUCAUGUUUUAAGUAUUGCUGCUAUCCUUGUUAUUCUUCCCACUGUUUUUAUUGCAGAUUUAUUUUGUGAAAGUUGUACACUAAUGUUUCAUUUUAUGUCUAAAAUCAAAGUAUUUAAAGAAAUACUAGUUCUAUUUAAUGUGGUUAUGGAACCAGCUGGAAUAAACAGUGAUUGUAUAGUAGGCUGGACCCAGGAGGUCAUGUUCAUUUUUGUUACAUAUGCAAUAAACUCACAACUUUAAA